GAGAGGAGUGGGGUGCCAGAGCUGGUGGGCCUGAGCCCUGCUGUCAAGCUGGUGAACUUGGUCUUGGCACCUCUCCAGAUUCACUCCUUAGGUGUGUUUGUUUACCAGUCCCCCUGUCUCACUCAGAUGCUUGACUCUCUAACUCUCAGGAACUCAGGGGUACAGCUCACAUUCUCCCAGCCUCCUGAGCCCUGAGAUCAGUCAUGGGUACCUCCAGCAUCUUCUUCCGCAGUCUGUUCCUCUGUGGGGCUCUGGGCCUCGCCACAUCCCCUACCCCAGUGCGGCUCUGUUACACCUGUGGCUUCUCCAAACCCUGUUACCCAGCUGUCACGAAGUGUCAAGAUGAUGAAGCUUGUGGCAUCAGCACUGGCACCUCAGAGCAGAACGAGAUCAUCCAAAGGAAGGGCUGCCUCCCACGUGCCCAGUGCUCCCUGCCUGGCCACACCACCUACCGGGAACAAAACUAUGCUCUACAGCACCACUGUUGUGAGCAGGACCUGUGUAACACGGCCACCAAGCUGCAGGAGCCCCCCAGCCCGCUCCUCACCGCCCUGUUCCCCCUCCUCACCAGCUGGAUCUGGGGAGGCUAUCUCCUCCACUAGCCUUGCUUCGGUCUGCAGCCCUCGACCCAGGACUCCUUGAGCAUCACAAAAGGGCCAGAGCCCUGAAAAACCUGCAGACUCAAGAUAAGCCCAGGACGCUGAUUUUGUAGACCUCAGAUCCUGGCCCUGCACAGCCACCUCCCAAGUCCUGAUCCCCAUGGAUAGAGCUCCAGUCCCUGCAGGCACCUGCCCGGAACCCAGGUCCAUAAAGAACCUGUCUUUUAUGUCUUCUGUCUUCUCCAGCUGCCCACUGCUAAUGUCUUCUCUCAGUCCUAGGUCUCCAGCAAGGCAAGGUCUUGUUCCAGACAAGGGGGUUGAAGGGCACCAGGUACUGUGAGGAGGAGAGACUUGCUAGGAAAGAUGAAUUUGGGUGUGGGGAGCUCAGGAAUGCAGGCUUGGGGAACUAUGACGAGUAAUGUAAUAAAAGUGCUAUCUUGCAGU